AUGGAGGCUCCAGCUCCUGCAGCUCCAAAGGUGCCGGAGUAUGGCUUCAUUGUGUCACAUCAAAAGCUCGUGCUUGAGGUUGAUUUCUCUACGCAAUCCAUAACUGGGACCACCGAGAUUACGAUUCUACCGCAGACUAAAGACCUUCAAGAGAUCAGAAUCGAUGCGCGCCAGUGUAGCAUACCAGACAAGGGAGUUAGGAUCAACGGCAUCCCGGCGCAAUUCGAGUACGAGGACCCUAUACAUGCCUUGAGUAUCCCACCAGCUCACGUUUGGAGCGGGGAGCAGCACGGAAUGCAGAAGGACAGGAUAUUACCCUUAACGGAUAAUCAAAAGGCGAAUGGAGCUCUGGAGAUCACAAUACCCAAACAUGUCACCAUCGUCGAGGUAGACCCAUUUUCAGAAAAUGCGGCAAGCGCAGUCACUUCAAGAGCUUUGGGAGCUUCAGCAGCAAGAACAUCGUCUGUUGCCUUGGAUGGAACGAGCCUGCCUCUCUCGGCGACGACUUUGACCCCAAAGACAGCAGCAGAGCAGUCAGCGAGAUACCAGCCCCUGACGGUCAGCAUAUCGUUUUCAGUGAAAAGCUUCAGAGAUGGAUUGCAUUUCGUGGGCGUGGAAGAAGGCGAUGCGAGGUAUCCUCAUGUCUACACUCGCCAUUCCAUGGAUCCUGGAACUGCCUCAUCUAUUUUCCCAUGCGUCGACGAUCCUGCUAUGCGUUGUACUUGGGACAUCUCUGUGAAGUGUUCGAGAACAUUAGGCGAUGCCCUCAAACGGCGUCCUACGCCAGUAACCGCAAAGCAGCGAUUUCUUGCUCAUGCGUUCAAUAGAAGAGGCUUGUAUGAUGUGCCUCUGGACGAGAAGGAAAAACUCCUGGAAAUGGUUAUUGUGUGCUCAGGCGAGCUGAUGAAUGAGACUACCGACCUGGACGACAGCUCGAAAAAGAUUGUGAACUUUUUCUGCAAUACAGUUGUGGCUCCGCAACACAUUGGCUUCUCCAUCGGCCCGUUUGAGAUAGUUGAUCUUUCCGAGUUCCGAGAAGUUGAGGAUGACGAGAAAUUGGGACAAGGCCAGACUGUUCCUGUGACAGCAUACUGUCUGCCAGGUCGUGCGGACGAAGUUCGGUUCACCUGCACUCCUAUGGCAAACGGUCUUGACUUUUUCUUGCUCAAUUUCGGCGGCUAUCCAUUUCAAGAAUGUCGAUUUGUUUUCGUGGACGACCAAAUUGCCGAGACACAACAUGCAGCGUCUCUCUCAAUAUGCUGCAACCGGCUACUAUUUGGAGAAGAUAUCAUAGAUACUCAGAUUAAGGUGGUCAGAACUCUAAUACACGCCAUCGCUACUCAGUGGAUAGGUGUUUGCAUUGUCCCAAAUGCACGUGUUGAUCGAUGGGUCACGGUCGGUCUCUCACAUUACAUGACCGGCAUCUUCAUGAAGGGUCUUUGCGGACACAACGAAUAUGCCUUCCGCCAGAAGACGCUUUCUGAUCGACUGGUGGAACUGGAUAUUGAUAGACCAUCUCUAUAUUCCCUUGGAGACGUCUUACAUCUAGGAGGGUUCGAGCUCGAAUUUAUGGCACUGAAAGCUCCGCUGGUCAUGUUCAUUUUAGACAAACGUAUCGUCAAAGCAUCCGGAGCUGCGGGUAUCCAAAGAGUAAUCUCAAAGAUGAUCACAACUGCUAAUACUGGUACGUCGAUCGACAGCGUCGUGUCGACAGAAGGCUUCCGUCGUCUCGUCGAGAAAACCACAAAAUACCGGCAAACCGAAUCGUUUUGGAAUUCCUAUGUCCUAGGAGCUGGGUGUCCAAGAUUUUCCAUCACUCAGAAGUUCAACAAGAAGCGGCUUUGCAUUGAAAUGUCCAUCAGUCAAAAGCAAGAGACCCUUCCUACAACUCGUGUGCUGGACAGAGACUCUUUCAUGCGUGAAGUGAAGGAGGAUAUCCACGGUGUCUAUGCUGCAGAAUUGCAACCAGUUUUCACUGGUCCAAUGACUAUCCGGAUUCACGAAGCAGACGGCACGCCUUAUGACCAUGUUGUUAAUAUUCAAGAAGGCACGCAGAAAUUUGAGAUUCCAUACAACACGAAGUAUAAGCGUCUCAAGAAGAGCAGGCGACAGAAGGAGCGUAUGAAUCCAGGUGUUGAGAUUAAUGCCGAUGGCGGAGAGGAAACUCACUAUCACUGCUUAGGAGACGUACUUUCAAGCCCGACUGAGAUGCGCGAUUGGGGUCUGCAAGAUUGGGAUGCAGAUACCGAGCAGAGGAUGGAACAGGAGUCUUACGAAUGGAUUCGACUUGAUGCAGACUUUGAGUGGCUCGCUGAGAAGCAGUUCAUCUCUAUGCCCGCGUACAUGUAUGUCUCGCAGCUUCAACAAGACCGGGAUGUCGUUGCCCAACAAGACUCGAUGGUCUACCUAGGCAACAUGGGCGCCCAUCCUCUUGUGUCAACCUUUCUGGUUAGAACGCUCAUGGACAAGAGAUACUUCCACGGAAUCCGCACAAUGGCUGCAGAAUAUCUGAAGACUCAUGCCACUGCUACUUGCAACUGGGUUGGUCAAAAACAACUUGAGAUGGCUUAUCAACACUUCUCAUGUUAUCCUGGUAGCAAGAUGCCCUUGCCGAAUGACUUUUCGAUGGAGAAUUCGAAGAAUUAUAAAGUUGAGACAGCCAUCAUUAAGGCGCUAUCGAAGAUUCGCGAUUCUCAAGGAAAGUGUCCCAAAGAGCCGAGAUGGUUCUUGUUCGACCUCUUACGCUUUAACGACAAUAGCUGUAAUGAGUACUCUGACAACUUCAAGUUGGCGGAACUGCUGUCAGCUCUGACGGAGACCCUGAUCCCAGUCAAGGACAAAAACGAUAACGUCCUUGACUUCAACGACGAGGAAAUAGAGGAUCAUGAGCCUGAAGAGUUCAAGCAAGCAGUUUUGGACGAGCUUAAUCGCUACCGCCGCAUGGACGAGUGGAGCAACUCAUACCAUAAUAUCUUCACUGUCACUGUGCUUGACUGCAAGGCAAGGCUCAUGAAAGCUAAAGUCAUUCCCAUGGAUCCUCUCGACUUUGUUGAGUAUCUUCAUGAUGGUACAGCAGACCGCAUCCGGAUCAAGGCAUUCAGGUCGCUCAUCGAUCUUGGCUUUCUCGCGAAUAAUAACAUUGCCUCAUUACUGCUUAAUUGCAUGACCACGGACCGUUCACCAUAUACUCGCAACAAGCUAUUUGAAGUGUUCUGUCUUGGUUUAGCUUCGAUGGCAUUUGGGGAGAAUAAGCUUAAUGAAUCUAAUGGGGCUAUGGAUGUUGAUGGAGAUCAUGAUGGAGGGCUCAUCAUAGAACAAGAUGCUUCUCUUGAUGCACGCAAGGCAAACAUUGCGCGUACAACCACAAUCGAAGGAGCUUUGGCUGCACUGAGGGCCGAAUUGAAGGAGAACGUAGUGUUCAAGGAGGCUCUAUGGAAGGCUCUUAACUCAUCUACAAUUGGGGUGCACGAGCAGAGUGAUUUGUUAGACAUCUGCUCCAUUCUCUACGAUGCAGUUGAGUCACUCAUUGUUCGCUUGAGGCUUCCCCGCGUUUGGGAGGUGACGCAGGUUGAGAAUGAGAAGGUAACAUAUAUUCCUGUGCACUACUUUUACUAG